AUGAGCGAUCCAAGAGGAAAUUCUGUCUACAAUGGAGAGAAAAUCUGCUCUAGUCAGUUGUUUGAACUGGUCAAACCCGUGUGCAUUGAGUUGUCGCGAGAGACAUUGAACCCGUCGCAGUCUAAUGAGUCCAAAAUAGUGUCCUUGUUAACAGCCAUAGAGACCCAAAUGGAUACUCUCUAUCGAGAGUACCUUCGGCGAAGCAGUCUCUUUAAGCUUUCGCCUGGCGUCGCCGAUUAUGUUUUCUUCCCAAUUUCAAACUUGCUCAAGCAGCCUCUGCUAAGUGCCCCGGCUACUCAACAUGUCUUGGGCAUUAUCGCCUUCCUUGCGCAACACUGCUGGAGCUUUGACGUGAACGAGAGCUUGUUUGACCAAUUGCUUCCGUUGGUGUUGUUCUUGACGGGCGGUGAUAUGAAAAAGGAACCCUACACGAUUGCUAAAGAGCUGCUCCAGUUUCAAUCGACAGCCCUUGCUGCACUCUCCAACCUUAUCUCGCCGUUGGACAAGGCUUACUUCAGCUCGGGGAAGAGGCUACAUUACCUAAGCAAUGCCAUGCUUUUGGCGUUUAGCGUCAUCAAGUCCACUAGCGCGGGUGUCCAGGAAGGCAUACAAGUGUUGGGAGACGCGUUCAAGUUGGUGACUGUGUGUUUGAAAGUGCUAUCAACGUCGCAAAAGGCGAUGGUGGUGCCGGGAUUGAUGUCGACAAUUACCCACUUUGCCACUAGUAACUCGGGGCAUAAUUACAAACUCCAAGUGCAAGUUUUGCAUAUUUUAACCGAGGUGGUGAGGUCUUCAUUCAACGAUAAGGAGUUGGGUGCCGAGCUCGUUGUUCCUGACCAAGAACAAAGCUUGAGCGACUUGAAUGAGAGUGUCGAUUGGGACGACGAUGAGAAAACUGUUGACGAGCUGAUUGGUGAGUUUACCAUUGUCGAGAAAGAUGAGCGCACAACUUUGUGGCUAAGGGCCACUUCGAAGCAACUCAAGAUCAUGUUGGUGCUUUUUUUUAAAUCCGUGAUUCUCAGCACCAAGAAUAGAGAUCGAUUGAAAUCGAAACCCGAGGUGUUUGACUCGGUUGUGCAUUUUAUUACUGAGGUUCUAACCAACUGCUUUGUGACCUUGUACAGCGAAGUGACUCCAAUGUUGUUGGACAUUGGGUCGAUAUUGAUUUACGCUUCUUCCUUCGAUGAGCAGGAUACUAUUCCUAAAAUCAACCAUUUGGUGUCGUUGAUGAAAGAAUCAUUGGGGACUGGCCAAUCCAGCGAAUUGGAGUCAAAUUCGAAAUCGAAAUUGAAAUCAAAGGCAUACUAUGAUAUAGUCCGAUUCAAGCUUUCUAGUUUGAUUGACAACAAGUUGAGCUUGGUCAUAUUCUCUACUGAUGAGGAAAAAAUUGAAAUAAACAUAACAGCAAUCAAAUUACACUUCAAAAUGUUGAUGGAGCUUUCCAUCGUGCAGGACCCGGAAUUCGCGGAACUAUCCAAUUUGAAAAAAAAGUGUCUCCUGCUAUUGAUUCAAUUUUCCAUUGACCAUAUCAAAUUUGAGAAUUCCAAAAAAAAGCCCCCAAAGUUCACGACUGGAGAAAGCUUGCAGGUGCUGCUGUCGGACCUGAAUCAGUUGGAUGGUAUUGAGUUGCCAGGCCAUAUCCAUGCUGGCAGUGUGAAAAAAGUGGAAACACUGCGAUUGCGAGAGGAAAAUAGUUCCUACUUGCACGGUCUUCAACUCAUCUCACGCCGGUGGGAUAACCCAAUUUUUGACGUUGAAGAAAAAAGCACCCAGGUACCAAUUGACUUUAAAUCCAGAUUUCUCGAGAAAACCCUUCUGCAUCUAGUUGAGUUUCUCUCGGACUUGAAAGAUGGAUCGGGCUCGCUACUGUUGCUUGAAAGCAUAUUUGAAGAAUCUUUGCUGGAGGAAAUCUUGUCGAAUGGCGUUGCAUUGUGGUUUGCCAGCACUUAUGCCGGUAAAAUUUUUCAAGAGAACAAGUUUCUUGAUCUGUCGGAGUUUUUGGAUCUCGGAGGAGACGAUGCUAUGGACGAUGUAUCGAAUGAAGUAACCGAAAGCGCUUAUUUGAUCUUGAUGAAAGCCGAGGAACUUUUGGCUGACAGUGCCAACAGGGAGACGGAGGACACAAGAGCAACCAGCACCUUUAACGCCACCACUACCACUGAUCUAGCAUAUGUGUCGGCGCUACAUGGAAUUGGCUCAGUUGUGGGUUGUCUUCUGCUUGACCGGUUCAGAACUGACGUCCUUAUGGACCACCUCUUGCCCAUAUUACAGGCACUAACUUUGACGAAUAGGCCGCAGAUCCAAUUGCUGGCGCAAAGUACGUUAAAGAGGAUCCUUGAUACUUACUAUGGUGGCUCCAUGGCCAGGAUGAUUGUAGAUAAUCUGGACUAUCUAAUUGACGCCAUCAGUUUACAAAUGGCAGUCGCGAGCAACUUGACCCCCUCGUUGCCCGGUAUCUUGAUGAUCAUCAUCAAGGUUGCCGGUAUUCAGCUUUUGGAGGCAAAUCAGUUGACCGAUAUUCUUUCCGAUAUCUUUGUCAUUUUGGAUUCUUAUCACCAUUACAAUCGUCUUGCGGAGAGUUUAUUCAUUGUCUUUGAAGUGCUCGUCGAGCAAAUACAGAAGCUGUACAUUGUUCAAGAAGGCGCAAGAAUUCAAGACUUGAGAAACAACGACUCGCAGUUUCAUCCGUGGGGGAUGACAAACAAGGAGCAGUUGGCGGCGUUUAUUGAAAACAUGAAGGUGGACCCCUACACCGAGUACGACACCAACACAGAAUACUUUACGAGAAAAGGGGACAAGCCGUUUUCUGAAAUGGCCGACUCGGAUGAUGACGACGCAGAAGAAGAUGAAGACCAGGAAAUGAACGAUGCUGCGCCGGAAAAAGAAGAGUGGACGUCGCCAAUUCCCAAAUCUACAUACGAAGUCUUGAAGCGAAUCUUCAACUAUGGAAUGACGCUAGUCUCGCAGCCGUCGUACUCUUUGAAAUCACAAAUUUUGAAAACGCUUAGGUCUGUCUAUCCGUUGCUUUGCACGGACUACAAGCGUGUGCUUCCCAUUGUCACCGUGCAUUGGCCCACGUUAAUUGCGCUAUCGACAGGAUCGGACUCACUUACAAUGACACCUAUUGUCACCGAACAUUUCCCAAGAGAAAAAAUCCUUGUAACUGUUGAAACGUUGGCUUUUCUCACAGAAAUUUUAAACCAGGACAGCACACGCAAGGAAUAUUUCUUCAGUAGAAAGUUUAUGGAGACGGUGGAUUUCAUCUUGAAGCACUCGCCGUUGGCAAAAGCAACGCAGAGACAGAACAAGUCCGCCAAAGACAAAGACAGCGACAGCAGAGCCCUUGCAGUAAGCGAGAACGCCAUCUACAUGUUUCGAAUGUAUCCACAACUCAAAACCCUGCUCAUCACUUUUCUCGUCACAGGGGUACAGAAUUACGGCAAAACUGUACCGGAUAUGACGCGGUACAACGUGAUCAAACUAUGCUAUUCAUUGCUGAUCCCAACAACAUUGCAUCUAUCAAGAGACACCUUGUGUAUUAUCGAAGUACUUAGAAGAUCGUGCUAG